AUGAGUCUGUACUUAGGAAACCCCAUGGACCCACCAGAUGUCUUGGGGUUGGACCUCAAUGCUGCCCGGCCCACUCAGCUACUGGGACGAGCAAAAAAGCCAUGCUACGACUCAGUGACUGAGGACGAUGAGCUAACCGCCUCAGGCCUCAAGAGGCUGUCGUUACGGAAAGCAGGUUCCAUCCUCAAGCUCAAACCCGCCGCCUGGGUCUCCGCCUCCAAACAGGGGGAACGGACUACGGGUUCAGGCCACACCCCCAGCAAGGUGUCGCUCAUCAACUUUGAGCAGGAGUUUCCCCCGGCCACACCCACUCCCUCCCCAGUGGCGGAGCUACAGUUGCCCUCAUUGGUCAAGCUGGCCCUGGAGGCGGAGUCUAUUCUGGACAGGACUCCUCCUCAGAGCCCAUGGUGCUCGCUGCCCUGCCCUUUACACCCAACGCCAGUGGUGGACUGGGACGCCCGCCCCUUACCUCCACCUCCUGCGUACGAUGACGUGGCGCAGGACGAGGAGGACAUGGAAGUGAGCUCCAUCAACAGCUUGGAGCAGCGACAGCAGGGGGGGAUGGGUGAGAGCCACAGCCCCACGGAGGCCAUCCCGGCUGGGGAGGAGGGGAAACCCCUGGAGGACAACCUCUUCUUACCCUCCCAACAGAGCCAGGCCUACACAUCCUUCUCCCAAUCAGCAGAGAUCUUUCAGGAGCUCCAGCAGGAGUGCAUGAGGAGGCUCAAUGUGCCCACAGGAGGAGUUCCCCAGCCCCCCUCUCCGUCACCGAGCUCAGGCCUCCAGUCCAUAGACGUGCACCGCCAUAUCGUCCUAUCCUUCUCCGAGGACAAGCCCCAGAUCCCUCCCCGCAUUCCCAUCCCGCCUCGCCCCGUCAAACGAGGGGACUACACCCGCUGGUCCGGUGACCUGUCCCCUGCUCCAGCUUCCGAGGAAGUCCAGGACCGGCCCCCUCAGAUCCCCCCACGGAACCCCCUGUCCCAGCCAGGCUCGCGCACCCCCAGUCCCAUGGGGCUCCAGGUGGGCUCCCCCCAGCAGAGGACAAUGGUUUGCCCCAGCGCCCCUCCUCCGGCCACAUACGGAUCCUACCUCUCCACAUCCCCGGGGAAGAUCAUGCCCACUACGCACAGCUUUGCCUCGGACCCAAAAUACGCCGCGCUCAAGGUCAUCCAAGCACAAGCCCAGGGUAAGGACCUGGCCAAGGGGCCAUGCAUCCUGCCCAUUGUCCGCGACGGCCGCAAAGUCAGCAACACGCACUACUACCUCCUGCCCGAGAGGCCGCCUUACCUGGACCGCUUCGACCGCUUCUUCAGGGAAGCAGAAAACGUGCCGACCGGUGGCGGCAGUGGGAUCUGUGAGGAGAGGCAGCAGGCCAACACGGCCACGGUCAGGCCAAUGGUGGUGAACCAGCAGCAGCAGAGCAAGGGAGGAGAUUUCAAGGCCAACUUCUCCAACAACAACAGCAGUCUGGGCUGCCGGCCGGGCAUGAAGGCCUUCCUCAGCCUGCCUAGGGUCAGCUCUGAGGGGUCAGCCAGCAGGGCAGCGGGUGGAACCACAACAGACCAGGUCAAGAUGGUGCAGGAGGCUGUACAUGGCGUGACUGUAGAGGAGUGUCAGACAGCCCUCCAGAACCACAACUGGAACGUGCAGAAAGCUGUGCACUACCUCAAGGUUGAGCAGCUGUUCUGUCUUGGCCUGAAGACCAGGCUGGAGUGUCUCAAGAUGCUGGAGAUGUACAACUGGAACCUGGAAGUGGCCAGCACUCAGCUCCUGGACUCCUACAGCGCCGUCACGCAAAGGCGGUGACCGAUGCUAGGAGCAACAGCAGAACUUUUGUCUUUUAGGGGACGGAGUCUGCUCCCAUCCCUCUUUUAUGACUUGCCAGACGCAUCCCUUAAGAAGACGGGGAUUUGAGUGUGGACCUGGGGUACAUUUGACUGUGUGAUGGGCCAUGGCUGCAGUCUUGCCUACUGUACACUGAGACCUGGUCCUCAGUGGAGGCUGCUGAGGGGAGGAUGGCUCAUAAUAAUGUCUGGAAUGGAGUCAAUGGAAUGGUAUCAAACACAUCAAAGACGUGGUUUCCUUGUGGUUGAUAACAUUCCAUCGACUCCAUUCCAGAUAUUAUUAUGAGCCGUCCUCCCCUCAGCAGCCUCCACACUGAGGACCAGGGGGCUAGCCUCCACACUGAGGACCAGGGGGCUAGCCUCCACUGAGGAGCCUCCCGUUCUACCACCGAAUAUGAGUAGAAGUCGACAUAGAAUACAGGUAGUGAAACCAUACUCUUCAAGGGACCAUGGUGUCUGCUGGUUCCUACCCUAUACCCAACACUGAAGGAAAAACAUCCUCUUUUUCAUUGCUGGUCUCCCCGAUUCAGUUAUAUCAAUGCCACAAUACACCUUUGACCAACUAGGCUGACCUCUUUUGUGUUAUUACUGAGAUAUGAAUCAGCACUCCCCUACUGUAAGUGAGCUUUGCUAAGCUCCUCGGUUUGGAUAGGGGCUUGUUUUAGGGAGGCCAGCAUCUUUCUGCUGCGCCGCCCGCCCUCCCAGGCUCUACUGUGUUUUAGCAGAGGGCAAAGUUCACAAAGCCCACCUGGAUGGAGAGAACGAAUACAAGAGAGGGGGGAAAAAAAACGAAAUGCAGCUGGUCUACUUUUAAGUCGACUCCUUUUUUUAUUUUCUAUUCUAGAGAUUUCUACUUGAUUUUUAUUAAGGAGAGGAAUUAAGAGAUUUUUUUUUUUAUGCACACAAACAGUUACAUACAUGAAUAGUUCAGUUUAUAUAUCUGUAGCGAAUAUGUGCUAGAAGUUGGUAUUUUUAGUUUUUAGUGCUCUGUUUUUAAUAUAUUUUGGGUUUUGAACCGGUUGUUUGAAAAGGGGGACAUAUUGAAAACAUUCAAUUCUUGAGAUUAAAAAAUAUAUAUAUAUUUUGUCAGUUAUUAAAACCAUGUAUGUUGUGCUUUCCCUGAAUCGAGUUCACUUAUGUUUGUCAGUGACAUCAAUCUGAUCCACUCCUGGUGGCCAUGUAGAACUUCUGGUGUGCUAUAUGACGCCUGACUAGUCAUAGUGCUCUCACACUAUCUACUCUAAACACCUGCCCACACAAAACAACUGAUGAAAAUCGCCCACUGGCUCGCCAAUUUUACCAUGUGUUCAAAGCACGUUGAUACUUCUAGUAUUAAGAACAUUGCCGCUAGUCUUUCCCUCAACUAUUAGGGGCUAAAACCCUCAGUCAACACCCAUAGGUUACACACAAUUUUGACCGGGAAGACUAGAUACCACUGGCUCUAGUUGAUGACACACCACGUCAAGCACAUGCAAGAUACAACACGUCACCAUACUGGACGUUAGUCUCAGACAAUAAAGUGUAUAGCCUAGAGCAAACUGUAUAGUGAUAUGUGUUGGUUGGAUGUAUUUUCUAUUCUGUCUUAUCCUGAUGCACGCUGUGUGCUUUUCCGUGUGUUAUGAUUCAAAUAAUGUUUUUUGGCGAACUGAACAUUAAUAUACUGUACACUGAACAAAAAUAUAAAACGCAACAUGUAAAGUGUUGGUAACAUGAGCUGAAAUAAAA